AUGGAGACCACGCCGCAGUCGCCCGCCGACGAGAAGCCGUUGGUGUUCCUGGCGCAGCCGCUCUUCCCGGAGUUCGCCGCUGCGCUCGCCGGCCGCUACCGGUUCGUCCUCUCCGCGGACGCCGACGCGGCGACUUCUGCAGAGGCGAGGGUGCUGCUCGUGCCGGGGCUCGCGCCGGUCACUGCCGAACACCUGGCCAGGCUCCCUGCGCUGGAGCUCGUGGCGGGCACCUCCGUGGGAGUUGAUCAUGUGGACCUCGGUACUUGCCGGAGCCGCGGGCUCAGCGUGACCAACGCCGGGCCAGCGUUCGCGGUUGACUCCGCCGACUACGCCGUCGGGCUCCUCGUCGCCGUGCUCCGCCGGGUGGCUGCCGCAGAUGCGUACGUCCGGAGGGGCAGGUGGGCGGCCGACGGCGACUACCCUCUCGCCACCAAGGUGAGCGGGAAGCGAGUGGGGAUCGUGGGGCUGGGCAACAUCGGCUCCCGGGUCGCGCGGCGCCUCGCCGCCUUCGGCUGCGCCGUCUCCUACCACUCGAGGUCGCCCAAGCCUUCAUCGCCAUACACGUUCGUCCCCGCGCUGCUCGACCUCGCCGCCGGCAGCGACGUGCUGGUGCUGUCCUGCGCGCUGACGGCCGAGACGAAGCACAUGGUGAACCGGGAGGUGAUGGAGGCGCUGGGGAAGGACGGCGUGCUGAUCAACGUCGGCCGGGGCGGCCUGGUGGACGAGCCGGAGCUGGUGAGGUGCCUGCGGGGCGGCGUCCUCGGCGACGCGGGCCUGGACGUGUACGCGAACGAGCCGGCCGUGCCGCCGGAGCUGUUCGGCAUGGACAACGUCGUGCUGUCGGACCACAGGGCCGUGAUCACGCCCGAGUCCAUCCGCGGCGCGCUCGAGGUGGUCACCGCCAACCUCGAGGCCUUCUUCUCAGGGAGGCCGCUCGUCAGUCCUGUGCAGCUCUGAACUCUGAAUAAAACGUUGAUCGAAGUCGUCCCGGCCUGUGCGUGUGAUUCUUUACGAUCUGAACUCUGAAGAAGCUUCAUCCUGGAAACUGGAAUAGUGGAGUGCUCACUACAUUGUCGACAAAAGAUGCGUUCCCUUAUUUGGAUUACCUCAAUGUAAUCAAAUUUCGGAGUGAACUCAGUCGAAUGUAAUCUUGGAGCAACCGAUCAGGAAUUUGAGAAUAUUCUUGCUCCCAGAUGAACUUCACAAGAGGUAAAUUUUACAAGACUCGGCAUUAUAUCAUCAAUCUGUUGAAAACUUGUGGUAGUAGUAGUAUACAAGGGUCAGGUAAUUGA